UUGUGUUAUCUCUGUCUUUUGUUUUUAAACAGUUAAUCAUUUCCUGAGUUACAGGUUUUAAAAGGGCUUGGUUAUGGUGGUUGCUUCUUUUUCUGGGGUAAUGAAAGAGUUCUGUCAGGAAGGUCUGUUAGCUCUGCCCUUUGGUGUGUGAGUAACCAGCCUUUUCCCUCUUCUUGCUCUAUGGCACUGAUUCUCAACUUUCUUAGACUUGAGGCACUCCUUGCUAGACUCGAGGCACCCUUUGGAAAGUGCCAGCUCUUAGUUUUCACUCAUUUUUUUGACAAUGGAAAAAUAAUAGACUGUAGCAGUUAUCAGUUUUUCUCUUGCAAAGAAUUCAGAAAGACCACAACGAGUCAGAAUGGAUUCCUAUUUGAAAUCUCUGGGUUUAUCUUGUGAAGCAUGCUUAUGUACUUAACGGUGCUAACAUUGUAUGGCACCCUGCAGCACCCUUGAAAGCACUUGAGGGUGCUGCAGGACCCUGGUUAAGAAUCACUGCUCAGUGGACAUCCAUGGGAGCUGCUUCUAUCCAAAGACAUAUGUUCUUGGUGGAAGGAGAGCUUGCCAUUAAUAACCUUUGCAAUGUUAGUGACAUCACCAGAGCUUGCACACAGGGCUGUCAAUUUUGGAAUGCAACAGUACAAGAAAAUUGCCCGCUGAAAUGUAACCAGACCUACAUUAGAGCCUGUGAGAGAAUUUCCUGCAAGUUUGGCUGCAGCUGUGCAGAGAAUGCUUAUGGCAUUAAAAUACAGGAUUACUUGAACACACCUACAGCACCAUUUGCAUCUAUCAUUGGAAGCCACAAUGUGACUUUACGAUGGAAGUCAGCUAAUAUUUCUUGGGUGAAAUACAUCAUCCAGUGGAAGUACAAUCAGCUCCCUGGAGACUGGAGGUACACUGAGGUGACAUCUGAGCAUUCAUAUACAGUGAAUAAUCUUCAAGCCUUUACAGAGUAUGUGUUUCGCAUAGUUUGGAUCCUCACAUCUCAGCUGCAGCUGUAUUCUCCAUCUAGCCCCAGUUACCGGACUUACCCAUCUGGAGUUCCUGUUACAGCUCCUAUUAUUAAAGAUAUUGAAAGCUCAGGCCCUUACACCAUUGAAGUUAGCUGGUCUCCGCCACUUUUCCCCAGUGGGUUGAUUGUUGGCUAUAAUUUACUGCUGACCAGUGAAAGACAGGAACUACGUGGAGCAACAAGCAGUCAAAGUUUCCAGUUCUUCUCCACCUUGCCGAAUACCACUUACAGGUUUAUGAUUGAAGCAGUAAAUAUGGUUGGUGCUGGGCCAUUUGCAGAAGCCACCAUUACUACACCAGAAUCUGAAGUAAAAGAGAAAGCAAAAUGGCUUUUUCUAACCAGAUACCAAUCUCUAAGAAAGAGAUCCAUGGAAUCAUUUUUGGAAGCAGCAGAAUGCCUUCAGAGUGAUGCUGUAUGCAACAAUAUUACAGGGAUUGCCGUGAAUGUUUAUCAGCAAGCUGUCUAUUUCUCAGUGGGGAAUUCUAUCUGGGUAAAAGGAGCUGCUAGCAUGUCUGAUGUGUCUGACCUAAAGCUCUUUUACACUGGCUUGGGAACAAUUACUUCAAUCUCUGUGGACUGGAUUUACCAGAUGAUGUACUUUGUCAUGAAUGCAAAGGUAUAUAUCUGUAGUUUAGAGAACUGCACAGUAGCUGAAGACAUUACUCCACCUUCAGUGACUUCCCCUAGGAAAGUUAUAGCUGACCCGUAUAAUGGGUAUAUUUUCUAUCUUCUGGAGGAUGGUAUUUACAGGGCAAGCCUCCCUACCUCUUCAGAUCUAAUCACUGCGGCUUUACUAGUUGUGAGAAUCCGUGCUCCAAAAGACUUUGUGAUUAACUACCAGUCCAAAAGACUUAUUUUCUUCUACAAAGAAAGACAGUCCUUUGUAUCUUGUUUUCUGGAUGGCUCAGGAUUUAACGAACUGCGACCUAAAGUUUCAUUUGCAGACAUAGAAAGUUUUGUUUAUGAGAAUAACACGUUGGUGGUCACAAACGGUAGGGCAGUUUUCCAUGAAGAGAUGUCUGCAAACGGGAUCUCCAGCUUUAAUGAGUAUGUUGCAGAUUGCAGCCUUACUGAUCCAGACUAUUUUGGGUAUGGAAACUUGCUCUUUUAUGGUUCGUCAGCUCAGCCUUUUCCUUUGCCAUCACCGCCUCAGUUUGUCACAGCUCUGUUUGGAUCAGACCAAGCUGUAGUCACCUGGAAACCACCUGAACCCACUAUUGGAACCAAUCCUUCUGCUUGGAAGAACUGGACUUAUAUUCUGAAAGUAUCAUCUCAGGGUUCUGCUGACGAGGAUCUAGCUGUCUCAAAUAUCAGUCAUACUAACUUUACAGUGAGAGACCUGUCCAACUUCACAGCAUAUGAGGUGUCAGUGAGAGCUUUGUCUCCUGCUGGGGAAGGGCCAUGGUCAGAGUCUUUUAAGGGUACUACUUUAAAAGAAGUUGAAGAAGAACCUUAUAUUUUGGCGGUUGGAAAUGAAGGUCUUUGGAAGCAGCGCUUGGAUCAUUUUGGGCCAGGAGAAUUCCUCUGUCCUGAUUUAAGAAAUGUUACAGACCUGGACUGGUAUGAUGACACUCUCUACUGGAGCAACUCCAUAGGAGAAGUUCAUAUGUGGUCAUUGAGUAGAAGAGCUCCUGCCAUUGUGAAUUCUCCCCUAUUUGACAUCAAAAAAGCAAGGAUACUGGCCUUUGAUUGGCUGGGUCAGUGUUUGUACUGGGCUGGAAAGGCAAAUACGAUCUAUAGAAAAUCACUGCUGGCAGGACACACUGAUGUUGUGGUUUAUGUCACAUUCCUGGUGAAGGAUCUUGUGAUUGAUUCAGUAAAUGGCUAUCUGUACUGGGCUACAGCUUACUCUGUGGAGAGUACCAGACUGAAUGGAGAAUAUUAUUUAAUGUUACAAGAGCAGCCCCAGUUUUCUAAUAAGCAGGUGGUUUCUUUAGCUUUGGAUCUCAGUGGUGGCUUCCUCUACUGGUUUGUGCAGGACAAUCUACACCUAAAUCUAUACAGAGUCUCCCUCUGUGAAGAGAGUUGUGGUAAUGCUGUAGUCACUGAAUUUGCAGCGUGGAGUUCUUCAGGAAUAUCCCAAAAUGCACUGGUAUAUUACAGUGAGCGGCUGUUCUGGAUUAAUGCCCAGCAGUUCAUUACAACACAGGAAGUUGGUCAGAGUGUUGGUAUCCCCUUUUCAGAGCCAGCAGCGUUUUCAGCUUUUACCCUUGUUCAGAGAUCUCUCAAACCUCUGCCAGGAAACUUUUCCUUUGUGCCCAAAGUGAUCCCAGAUUCAGUUGUGGAGUCUUCUUUUAAGAUUGAACAAAAUUCUUCGAGGUUUCAUAUCCUUUGGAAUGCCGUUACAAAUGUGGACUGGGGCGUUGUCUUCUACUGUGUGGAAUCCAAGGUUCUACAAGCCAAGUUUGCAGAUAAUGAACGGUGCCUGCGACCACAUAAUCUGACAGUACCUGUCUAUACAGUUGAAGGGCUGGAGCCUUAUACACUGUUUGAUUUUACUGUUACUCCUUACACCUACUGGGGCAAGGGACCUAUGACAUCCACCUUCCUGCGAUCUCCAGAAGAAGUUCCUUCAGCACCUACAAGCCCCAGAAUCUACGUGCUCCAUUAUGGCCCAUAUGAAGGAAAAGAGAAGGCCAUUGUGGAAUUCAGAUGGGAUAAACCCAGGAGGGAAAAUGGAGCACUAACAGAGUUCAGAAUUUACUACCAAAUAGGAAACCAAAGUGAUGCUAAUGAGAAUUUUACAGAAUGGAGUAUAAGCAAAACUGCACCCUCUGUAAUGUCCUUUUCCCUCAAGGCUGUGCUUCCUAGGCUCACAAUACGGUUCCAGGUACAAGCCUUGACGUUUGUGGGUCCAGGACCUCUUUCUGAUAUAGCAGAGAUUAAAUCCACAGAUCUUUUUCCAGUUCCAACUCUUAUAACUGUUUCUUCCAAUGAGAUGGCCCUCAUUGACAUAGAUAGAAAUCAGACCAUCAAGAGUCUUCCCAUAAAAGAUGUAAACCAAAUCAGUUAUACUGCUAAUGAUGAAACUAUGUAUUACAUAGAGGAAGAUUGUCUUUUUCAUCUGAACAUACCAAAUAAUUCCGUGCUUCAGCUUUUCAAAGAUGGAUAUCUCCGCAAUGCCACAGCUAUUGCAAUUGACUGGAUUGCAAGACGUGUCUUUGUUGCCCACAAAACAUUGUGGAGUGGAGCUGAAAUAUUAGUUAUUGACCUUGAACUCAAGGCAAGAUCACUUAAAACUUUGAACAUACAGACAACUAAUCGAAAUUUGACCAUAUCAUCUCUGCUGGCAUUUCCUUUCUUAAGUCGUCUGUACUGGGUGGAAACCCUUGAUUAUGGUGCUUGGAUCUUUUAUUAUGAUACUUUGAAUAACACUGCAUACCAUGUUUUGGGGGACACAUCUUUAAAACAUCAGACAAGAAAUAACUGCAGUUGCAACCUAACUGAAACGGACCUAGGUAGAGCAAUGACUAUAGAUAUGACUGACUCAAAGAAGCCACACAUACUCUUUGUCAAAGGAAGGGAUGAAAUAUGGGCCUCAGAUAUGGAUGGAUGCUACUGCUGGAGAGUUAUCCAUGUUCCUAGUCAUCAAGAUAUGACUUUUGGCAGUUUGACGGUUGACAGACAGUUUAUAUAUUGGAGUAUCGUAACAAAGGACUAUACCACAAUUUAUCAAGCAAAUAAAGAAAGCAAAGCACUCUUCAUCCAGAAAAGAGCACAUGGAAAGUUGCAAAUCUUAGCCUACAGCUUAGUCAUGCAACCCUAUCCAGAUAAAGAAUGCUUGAUUCUUGCCUCCAAUGCUGAGAAACCUAUAGUUUAUCCUACAAAUACCAGUAUUACAGUGAGGUUGCCACCUGUCAAAACACAGCUUUUGUGCCCAGGCAUAACUCUCCCUACUCCAACAUAUCUUGUGUACUAUGGAAAAAUUGCCAGCAGGGGUAUGAGCUGUUCAUCCGGACUACAGUGUAGAAUAAUGGAAAGUCAAAAAAAUAUAACCGUUAUUGAAGGCCUAGAUCCGUUUUCAAGGUAUGUCAUACAAGUGGCAGUGAAAAACUAUUAUUCAGAAACUUCUGAACAGCCAUCCUUGGGGAAAGAAACCAUUGGCACAACUUUCUAUGGAGUACCAGAGGCAGUUGGCCAAAUUGAGGUGCUAGUUCUGUGUGACAACACCAUCAAUAUAUCUUGGAGUGAGCCCUCACAGCCAAAUGGACCUAGAGAAUCAAUUCGCUAUCAAAUCCUUAUCAAUUUCUUGCCUGCUAUUCCUGCAACUCCUUUGAAAAAAAGUGAAUUUCCAAAUGGGAAGCUUGCCUGGUCUAUUAACAACCUCCAAAGUGGAACAAAGUACAAAAUUAAGGUUCUUGCUUUCCAUCCAGGGAAGAACUGGUUUUCUGAAAGUGCCCCUGUAUUUGCAACAACUUUUGAGACUCCACCUGUACCAGUCAAUAUUAUUGCCAGAAACACCAGUGUACAGAUAGAAUGGACACUUCCUUUACAUGUUAACAAAACCAGCUUUUGGUUUGAAUUGCAGAAGUGGCAGACCAAGAACUAUUGGUUUUCUCCUGCAACUACUUCAUGUGCUGAAGGACCCAGGUUUACAUGUAAUCUCACAGGCAUUCUUCCUCACACCGCCUACUUUGUGCGGGCAGGUGUAAUUUAUGUAACAGGAACACACAGCAUCUCACCUCCAGCAAGCUUUAAAACUAUGGCUGGAGUUCCAAGUAAGCCAGGAAUUCCAAAAAGAGAAGAGAAUAAAAAUGUUGUACAAUGGCAAAAAGCUGAAGACAAUGGAAGUAAUCUUACAUACCACAUCUUGGAAAGCAGGAGGUGUUCCCAUAAUACAAGCAAAAUGAAACCAUCCUGGGAGGUGGUUUACAAUGACUCUUGCACCGAUGUAUGUAUAUGGAGGGCCAAGAACACAGAAGGAACUUUCCAGUUCAGAGCAGCCGCUGCAAAUUUGCUUGGACUUGGUGAAUACAGUGGCAUAAGUGAGAAUAUUGUGUUAGUUAAAGAUACUGCACCCUUCCCAGAGGCGAUCAUUGUCAUAGCUGUGGUAAUCGGAAUAACUGGACUAAUCUUGAUUGUGUUUGCACUAGUUGCUUUUGUUUGGCACCAGAGGUGGAAAUCCAGAAAGUUGACACAGCCUGGGCAGAUUGUUUUUGUCAAGGAAGACAAAGAGUUAGCUCAACUUAGGGGACUUCAUGAUGCUGUGGGACUGGCCAAUGCUUGCUAUGCUGUGCACAAUCUCCCUACUCCAGGUGAGACUGAAUCCUUGCCAGCCUUUCCUCGGGAAAAACUGAAUUUGCAUAAGUUAUUGGGAACAGGAGCUUUUGGAGAGGUGUAUGAAGGGACUGCUGUAGAUAUCAUUGCAGCUGGAAGCAGAGAAUCCAAAGUAGCAGUGAAGACUUUAAAGAAAGGUGCUACAGAUUAUGAAAAGAGUGAAUUCCUGAAGGAGGCACACUUAAUGAGCAAAUUUGAUCACCCACACAUCCUGAAGUUACUUGGAGUUUGUUUGCUGAAUGAACCCCAGUACAUUAUCUUGGAACUGAUGGAAGGAGGGGAUCUACUUAGCUAUCUACGAGGAGCAAGAAUGCAAAAGUUCCAAAGUCCCUUGCUAACACUAGUUGAUCUUCUGGAUAUUUGUCUGGAUAUCUGCAAAGGUUGUGUCUAUUUAGAGAAAAUGCACUUCAUCCACAGGGACCUAGCAGCCCGAAAUUGCCUUGUGUCUGUGAAGGAAUACAGCAGCGCUUCCCGAAUAGUGAAGAUUGGGGAUUUUGGACUUGCCAGAGAUAUCUAUAAAAAUGAUUACUACAGAAAAAGAGGAGAAGGCCUGCUCCCUGUGAGAUGGAUGGCCCCUGAAAGCCUGAUUGAUGGUGUAUUUACUAGUCGAUCUGAUGUAUGGUCUUUUGGAGUCUUAGUAUGGGAAACUUUAACCCUGGGUCAUCAGCCAUAUCCAGGUUUCUCCACUCUUGAGGUUUUGCAUCAUGUACGAUCAGGAGGGAGGCUGGAGAUGCCAAAUAAUUGUCCUGAUAACCUAUGGGACUUGGUGAUAAGAUGCUGGGUCCAAGAACCAUGUAACAGACCCACUUUCUGUUAUAUUCAGGAUCAAAUGCAAGAGGUGAGAAACUCUCCUCUGUGCUAUACCUCUCACCUUUAUAGCAAGACAUUGUCCACUGGAGUCAUCAAUCAGGCCUUUGAAGAAUUAAUCUCUGGACACCCUCUGCCUUGACUCUGUACGCUCUCACUGAAGUGGAGGUCAUGGCUAGUGACAACUGGGAGCUGCUCUUGGAGUCUCUGUUGCCUUUUUAGGUUAUGAGGGUCUCUGUGUGUUUGGGAUAAUAUGAUUGACAGCUCCACUCCAGCCCCAAUUAGCACCCUAUAAUUUAUUAGCUUCUGCUUUCAGUUUAUGCGCUAACUUCACAAAUAUUUCAACCACGGAAACAGCAGGUAUCGAGUGUCUCUUUCCUGAUCCAGCUCACUGGGGCUGCAGUUAAAUACAGGGAGAGAGCUGUGCAGGUCUGUCAAGAGAGAAUAAUCAUUUGUGUCUAUGUUGACUGGGGCUGUCACAGAUCUUUAAAGCUUCAUUGGUGGAUGGAAAAAAAAAGAUGUAUUCCUUUGCGGAUAGUUCAUGCUGUAGGGUGGGGUGCAGGGCUGAAAGCGAAUUUGUCAGAUCUCCUAAAGAAACUUGUGUUUGUUUAUCUCUGCUCCUUAUAUAAGUACCCAUUAUUUGAUGGUAUAUAAGUAGCAUCUGUAUGUAUGACUACAUCACUCUUCAAGCUUCUGGUCCUCCUGACUGAAACAUGAGGCAAAUAUGAAAUUGCAAGGGGGGAGAGGAGGAUACACCUCAGGACAUGGAGACCAGUCAUGUGAGGUGGCAAAAAGACCACUUUUAAGUGCAUCCCUCUGUUCCUUCUCCUCUCAUGACUGUUGUAUCUGACUCACUGACACAUUCUAAAAGAAACACCCACAUUUUGGGUGCAUCUACAAGCUACAUGUUCAUUAAUGCACCAUAGUUACUGCACAUUAAGUUUAGUAUUUGUAUAACCAAGUACUAAAUCAAUGUGCAGUAACUGGCUUUACUGUGCAAUAGUGCCAGUGCACAGCUUUUUAGCGAUGCUAACUGUGGAGUAGCCUAAUACUACUGGGCAUUAGCAUAUUAGCAUGGUUUUUGUCCUGCAUGUUAAUACACAAUAGAAUUAGGCUACUGCGCAGUUAGCAUCUCGUGUAGAUGCACCCCCUGAGUUGGUCUUGUUGUAAAUGUGUAUGGAAGGUGUUGUGUAUGGUAUGUGCUAAGGUAAAGAUACAGAUACAGGCACCUAUCAGAGAGGGCAAAAACAGUCCCUACCACCUGAGACAAGUGGGCAUAGAGUUUAGGCCACUUUGAUUAAUGCUGGGUGCAGAUUCAGUUAAAUCUAGCAUGUUUGUAAUGAUGAAUAUGCCUAAGCCUCCUUCAGUUUCCCAUGUCAGAAUCUAGGGUGGAUGUGAUGUAUAACAUGCAGUCAUAUGGGUAUGCAAGGCUACCAUAGGUUUACAGGCCAACUUCUAGAUUUUUGGAAGAUAAAAUGUGGCUAUUUUGCUGUCUGUGGAGAGUGGGACCUGGCUACUUUUCCACGUAGCUAAAGCAAGUCCAUAUACAGUAAUAUGAUGGAUGGGCACACAAAAUAGAACCCAGGGUGUGUUCAGAUAGAGCAAGUUAAGUUUAAGUUUAGACAGAACAUAUUAUUCUGGCCAGAAACAAGUGUGCUAUUUGGAUCCUAAGUCCCCUCACCUCAAAGUGUAAGGGUGGUUGGAGGUGGGGUUUCAGCUCGUGGGUAUCCAUACCUUAUCAUUUGUCCAUUUUUAUUCCUUUUCUCCUUGCCAGAAAAAUUAAUAAACUGUGUAACCUAAACAAGGAAGAGACCCCCCCCUUCUCAAGCCAUUGCAUGCACAACCAUUCAGCUUCUCUUCCUCUCUUCCUGCAACCGCUCCUCUGGGUGGUAGGCCAGGGACACAGGCCAGGAAAUCACAGUCCUCGAAAGGAAUUGGUCUGCAUCCCUGCAGUGUAAAAGGACAUGUGAAUUACAAUGCUCAGCCAGAAAAAGAUGCACGAGGGCAGCCAGAAAGUGAACUUUGAUGUGCCAAAAACAUUCGCUGCGUUUCCCUCCCUUCCAGACAGGGCCCAAUUUUUAAGCCUUUGCUAGAACUUGUCAUGGACCUAAAUAGAACUUCAAAGGGAAAGCGAGAGGAGAGAGCAGCAGCUUCUGACCUCAGGAGGAGACAGGACAGAUAAAGUUCCCCAGCGAAAGGCAAUACACAAUCAUUGGAGGGGCAGAGGAAUUGUUCAGAAUCUGCUUUACCUGUCCCUCAACCCAUAUUGGGGCUUAUGUGAAUAACUCACUGGCAAAGAGAGGGAAAACCAGGAUCUUUCUACUAAUGUAAGCCCCAAUUAGGAUAAAUCAUUUGCAUGCUAAGAGCAGAGGUAUCUAUGUGUAGCUAUAUCCCCUCUGCAAUAGUCUUUCAGUCAGUCCUCUAUCGACAAAAGUGCCUGGGAGCCCCCUGUUAAAAUUCCACCACCAAAAAUAAAAAUGGAGGUUAGUACAACUUCCUUACCUCAUAUGGAUCUCUCCCCUUCUUUAGAUGCAGCUCAGUUAUCGCUGCUGGAGACUAGUGAUAGCCCUGGAUCUCAUUAAGGUAUUUCUAUAGAGCAACUUUUUCCUUGUGGUAUGAACCAGUUUAUACCUUGUGCCAGAUACCAGGGGUUUUCAGAAUGAAAAGAUAAGGGAUAUACUCAGAGGCUUAGCCCUAACCCUUAAAAAUAUACACCUUAAAUUGUAUAUUAAACCCUCACUGUACCAAUAUACCAGCUGGGUAAACAAUUUGAAGCAAUUUAUCCAAUAAAUAUAAUCCAUUUUUCCCUCCUGUAAAUUCUCCGUGGGCAGGUGGUGACAUUAAUUUGUUACUUAGUCUCAACUGUGGAACAAGCCAGGGCAAACCCAUGUUAAACCUAUAGGAUGUUUACAAAAUAGACAGUGUGUGAAUUUACGUUCUUCUGGCCACCAGACUGGGCACUUAACAGUUCAAAGCAGAAAGAAUCCUUUUUUCUCCUUAAAGAUGAUCUACAAAUAUUCAUGGUUAUUCAAUACAUCUGUUGUACAAAAAGCAAUAAAAUAGCUUUAUAGGAUAGCCACUAGAUAAAUUAUUUGUAUUAUUUGUAGCAUCAAACCCUGGUGUAUCAGGUACUGUAUAAACACAUAACAAAGAAAGAGUUCUUUCCUUCCUAAAAUUUUAUAAUCUAAGACUCCAAUCCUGCAAAGACUCAUGCAUUCACUGAUCUUUAGGCACUGUGACUAGUAUUAAUGAAGUCAAUGGAAUAACACAAAGCAGGUAAAACACUUAUUUAAGUCUGCAUAUUUACUAUCUACUACAUAGAGAGUAAUCCUUUAGAACAGGAGCUGCUCUUUUUUUACUUGUUUGUACAAUGAGGCCCUAACUAGGCCCUGUAAUAAUAAAGAAAUCCCCUGAGAUAAAGAAGAGCACAUUGAGCCCACAUACUCAUUCUAGUACCCACACAUGCAGUCUUUGUGGAAAUCUCACUUUUUGCAAACAUCACUGCAAAUAAGCUCUUACUUGACCACAUGUUCACAGAUAAAAGGGGCUGUGACUGGCAGUGGAAUUGAUGAGUGGGAGAGACUGGCAAAACUAUCAACAGAUUUUCUGUUCAGUAUAAUUUACAGACAAAACCCAACAAACAAAACAAUAUUCUCAAUGAAGUGAACUUCAUUCUGGAUUUGGUGCAAAUGUUCUCAUUCUUUAAAAGUUCCACACAAAAAAGCAAGUAAAAAAUCCUCAUCCCCUCCCAAAAGAAACAUAUACAACAAUAGAGCCAAAACCAAAUACUGCCUUUUUUACAAGUGCUGCUACCUUGUUUCUUGGUAGGUUUCUGACACAUUUUGUUUUAAGUGACAGAAUACAUUCCAGUCUCAGGGUACCUUACUACAACCUGCCUGGGACCUGGUUUAUUGUAAACUAAGGAAGAAAUUAUUUUAGGAGUCUUUUGUUGAAAGAAUCUUGGCCCAUCUUCCCCUGACGCUUGCAAAUCUCUAACUGAAAAUAGUUGUCAUAAAUUAUAGCCCAAACAAAUUCUCUGCCAGCUUCUUGCAGUGUUUAUACCCAGUGCUUUUUAAAAUUCUCAUAAUUAUGAUUCCAGUCUCCCCUAUAAAUCUAGCUACGUUCUCGCCACUACUUGAUUGAAAUCCAAGAGGCAAGAUCUGUCUCUGCUUCCCCUUCCUUUGCACACCAGAUAAGUGCCAUUCUUCCAUCACCAGAAUACACGGCUAUGUGCCCUGCCAGCUAUGUUUACACUUACUGCCAAAUUUAAGCUUAAGAAAAUAGCCUGUCCUCUUGCAUUCAUCUUUUUCUUUUGCAACAUUCAAGGGCUGUUCAGUUAAAGAAAACCCCCCAAAACCCAGAAGAGGACAAAACAAUGCAGGUUUGGACUGUAGAUAAAAUAUUGUUUUUAAGGGGAAGUAAAGGAAAAUAUUCACUUCUUCACUGCUGUCCUUGAUUGAAUCAGUGUUUUGAAUUACAGGAGUAAUAGGAAUGCCAUUAUAAUCCCUGUCUUUUGUCAUCUUUUUGAAGAGAUGUUGUACUGUAACGUAGCACCCUUGUUUGUUUGUUAAUUCAUUAGACAGGGGAACUGAAACCCAGAACAUCUCAAAAAGACUGUAUUUUAUUCUUCUGUAUUCGUCACCAUUUCUUUUACUCAUGUAAGAAAACAUUUUGCACCAUACAGAUUUAUUUUUAGUUUUAAUGCAAAGUAAUAAAAUAGUUUGUUUUGUCCACA